AUGGAGCAAAAGGAAAAUGAGAUCACUACAGUUUACGCCAGUAACAACCCCGAUAUCCCAACACUGACGGAAGCCGCUACAUUGAUUCUCGCGCCCGAGGAGAUGGUAAAGCUGCGGCGGAACAUGACGGCGGAGAAGGUAGCGCACGCCAGGUACCUACGAGAGCAUCCGGAGAUUGAUGCUAUUAUGCGAUAUGCCAUGCGAAAACUUAUUAUGGAACGAUCAGAAGAUCCAGUGAAAGUGUUAUUAGAGUUUUUCUCUACAGCUGACCUACGAGCGGCGUUAGCGGAGGAAAAUCCUGAAGCCGAAGGGCGUGCUGCCAUGUUACGUGAAAAGCGUGGAUUAACCAUUGUACUUCCGGCCUAG